AUGACACACCCACCACUACCUUCAUCGCAACCUCAGCGGGUUCUCAGCUACCCGUCAGCAGCACUGACUACACUAUCGAGGAAAUGUAGCCCCAGAGGUCUACCUCAAGAUGUAAACUCUCCAUCAAACGACAACCCUUUACCGAAUCUCCAUGGCAAUGCGGAAUCGAUACCGCCAGUCGACGAGUCCCUCCAAGCACGAAUCGAGCGCCUGAGUCGCGAGCGUCCUCCGAUCUUUACAACCCGCUGGAGCGAGGUACUUCUCGUCUUCAGCAUUUCCAUGUCCCAAUUCUUGACAGAAUAUUUCGUCUCAGGCUUCACUGUCCUCCUCCCCACACUGAUCACCGAGCUCAAUAUGUCGCAUGCGGAAAGUGUCUGGCCAGCAACCGCCUUCUCCCUCGUCAUCGCCAGCACCUUGCUCGUCUUUGGCCGUCUGGGCGACAUGUUGGGGGGAUAUCCCAUCUUCAUGGGGGGUCUUGUCUGGCUUCUUGUCUGGAGCAUAAUAGCCGGGUUCAGCGUCAAUACGCUGAUGCUCGACCUCUGUCGGGCCCUGCAAGGACUAGGAGCUGCGGCAUUCUUGCCCUCUGGAGUCAUGAUCAUGGGGUCGUUGUAUCGUCCUGGGCCACGAAAGAAUGUCGUCUUUGCAGUGUACGGCACUUCAGGGGUAUUUGGCUUUUUCGGUGGCAUUCUCGUGGCAGGAAUCGUGGCUCAAUUCAGGCGCUGGGGUUUUUACUUCUGGGUCGGAGCCAUCGGCAAUUACGCUGUUGACUUCAGCCUUGUCCGUUCCACGUCAUCGUCCAAACGACCAACCCCCGAGCAAAGCCAGGAUGGAUUACGGCGGCGCCAUCUCGAUCGUCUGCGGCCUCGUCCUAGUCGUGGCUACAUUGAAGUGCGCGUCUCUUCCCAGCCUCUCUUACCAGCUUCCAUCUUCACGACUCCUUGCAUGAGCCCUCUUCUUUUGGCUCUUUUCCUGCUUUACGGCACCUGGGGCAUCUUUUCUGUAUAUGGCACUCUCUAUUUCCAGAACAUCAUGGGUGCCAGCCCCUUGCAGGUGGUAGCGUGGUAUGUGCCUCUCGGUGUUGCAGGCCUCAUUCUCAGUGUCAUCGAAGGCUUGAUCUUGCACCUGGUUCCAGGACGUGUGCUGUUGAUCAUUUCUGGCCUGGGAGCAGUUGGGUCGCAGCUCCUUAUAGCUCUGAUUCCGCUGGGAGGGAGUUAUUGGGCAUGGGUUUUCCCCGCAGUCAUCUUGAGCACUGUGGGAAUCGAUCUGUCCACGAUCUUGAUGACGGUUUUCGUGACCACGACGUUUCCUACAGCGCAGCAGGGGCUGGCUGGGAGUGUUAUCAACUCUGUGUUGCAGCUAGGAGUCGCUGUCGUCCUUGGAUUGGCGGAUAAUAUUCAAUCAGCAACGGUAGACGAGGCAGGAUUAGGGAACAGCUAUAAGAACACGUUUUGGUUUGGAGUAGGUCUUGCAGCUGCGAGUUUGUCGAUUCUGGCAAUCUGGGGCAAGGUACCCAAGGCCAGUGGUGAUUUGACCGCAGAUGAAAAGGCUGAAUUGUUGGAAGAGGCAAUGAGUGAGCAGCAAGGACAAUCAGCCAACAGGAGGGAACUCUAA